CGGCGCGUCCGUGGCCCUUUAAGAAACUCCAUGUUUUCGCUACAUGAUGCGUCAACAUAAAAAAGCGGAUGAUGCUGUUAUGUAAAAACACGCUGAAGUGAGCCGUAGUUUGCAGGGAGCUCGCUGAAUGCUUCUUACGCCUCACUUCGUCUCCUUAACCGGGAUUGUGCUUUAAAGUGAACCGACUGGUGGUUUUUACGCGCAGCGCACGGAGCAGUUGGGAGUUAAGAAGAAGAAGAAAAAGGCUUCAGCCGAGCAACUCAACAUGAGUCGCCCUCCACUCUGUUUUCCUCCUUCACUUGCGGGAAGCGUACACCUGACGCAUCACUCUCGUGCCCUGUGGAAGUGAUCUUCUGUAAAAUCGGGUUAUUUUCAGUGUGCAAAGCGAAAAAAAAGCAACAACCUUCAGCUCUGAUCGCUUCUCGGGCUAAACUGAAAGUGUCAGGACCGGACAGGAUCGAGCUCCGGGCUGGAGCAAUGUGUCAGCUAUAGACACACAGACAGAUCUUUCCUUGUUGGUGCUGAUUUGUGAACCCGAGAGGAAACUUUUGCGGAUCUAUGUCACUUCUUCCUCCGCUCCAGUCGUCUGAUAUCGGUUAAACGAGAUUGUAUGGACCCAGGUGAUGAUCCAUGAUGGUGCUCGCUGAAGGGUCUCUCUGAGCUGAAAUCCACUAUCGUAGCACACCGUUGAUGAAGAGGACGUGGCGGAUCUGCUCCCGGACGCUGAGACCAUGGUGAAAGCUCAGCGGAGCCAGUCUGUGAAAUGCGGGAAGCCAGGGAAGGAGAAGAGAAACAAGGCGAAAGGAGGAGGUGUGAAAAAAGGGAAAGAGAGAAAGAAUGAGUUGAGAGAAAGGAAAAAGAAGGAUAAGAAAGAACCACAUCGACAAAGAAAGAAGACACUGGUAGUGGGUGAUGGAGAUGCGCUGGACUGUUGCGUCCUGCUCACCCGUCUGGAGGAGAAAGGAGUUAUGGGUAAAGAAAAGGAUGCACUAAAAGCUGGACAACAAAAGGCGGGUAAAGUCAAGAAGAAGCUGCACUCCAGCUCCAGUCACAGAAGGACCAAAUCUGGACUUAAGAAAACUUCUGCAGCCAAUCAGCAAGCACUGGAGCCAAAAAUCAACCAAUCUGACGCCUUACUCAUGUUUCCUGUCUUUGAACCUCGCAGGCGGAGAAUUGCUUCUCUCAAUGCUGAGGCUGUCAACAGCUUGCUGCUCUACAGGGACGAUUCUCUCGCAUCAAAUCUCACAAAGAAACGGCAGCCUUUUAAUGAAGACAAAGCUAAAGAUAGUCUCACUAAAACUGAACAUAGAGGUCAUAAAACCAAAAAGGUUCCUCCAGGAGGGAAAGCAGACCCAAAAGAAAGACCUAAAAAACAGAGGCGGUCAGCAGCGGAGGCUCAGAACAUCGACUGGUUGGCUUUGUUUGCCCCAACGCCUCGGCGUCAGGCAGGCCUCACUGCUGCAACACUGCUCAAACUCACCAGCGCCCAAUAUGGAAACAAACGGCAGAAGAAGACAGAGUCCAAGCCGGGGAGCGGGAGUGACGCAGCAGCUACGACUCAGGAUGAGAUUAGCGGUAAGACAGUGUGUGGAGACACAACGCUGACCAAAAGAACAACACAUCCCAAGCACGAGGACCAACUGAAGCACAUAAAACAGGGUACAGAGGAUCAUUCCCAGCUGGACGCCACCACCCAGGGUUGCUGUAGUUUGUGCAAAAGCGAGGCUUUGGAUCCGGAGUGGAAGGGCGACACAGGAGGCCCCGAGUUCCUCAGAUGUGAGCUCCAUCGUGGCUCUUCACUGGGAUUCUCCUUGAAAACAAUCAAAGAGGAGCAGGUGGAGGCCGAGGUGUCUUCCUGCUACUGCUGCUCCCAGGAGAGGUGCGUCGAGUACUGUCACAGACUGGCCCUCUUCCUGGAGGACAAGACCUUCAAGGAACCGGAGGACGGCUCGCUGUCCGAGGUGUUCCACCACCACCAUCACCACCACCAUCACCAUCACCACCAUCUCCAGUCCCCUCACUCUGUAACCCAUCCGGCAUCCAUCACCAUCAGCCCGCACACGUACACAUGUUUCCCCGGCUACUACGUCCACUUUAGCCACCCGGACACCUCCCCCUCUCCCAUAUCACCCCUCGCUUUGUGCCCAAAGAGCGGCAAGAGGCCCAAGCUGCUCCCCAGCGCCGGUCCGCAGCCCUCAGGGAUUACCCAUCCAGUGUACUGCUGCACCUCAGUGGAGGCGUGCUACGGAGAGCCCUGCAGGAUCAACGGCUACUCCUCCUACACCAGUGUGAUUCCAGCCAUCGCCAGAGGAGGGUGCUCCUUCAGCACCGCAGACUGCACCAAAUGUAACCACGGCAUCAAAAGAGACGACUACCCAUCCACGCUCAAUGACCAUCACAGUCCCUCCUCCAUCCCCAUCUGUCCCAGCCCCAGAACCCUCACUGGCUGCCCCGUUCCUACUGUGCCUCCAGCCGGCCAAUCAGUGCCCCACGUUCAGACCCCGCUGUCCGACCCCAGCCAACCGCAGCCUCCGCUGCAGGUGGCGAAGGAGUGUCCACAGAGUGCCAAGUCGCCCAGCGGGUCGAGGUCUGGCGCACGCGGCACCGGCAGCAUCAGCUCGGCUGUCUGCCCUCUCAACAGGGACAAGAAGCAGAAGCUCGGCUCUGCUAGCGUCGGAGGCCGAACGGUUGCCAAGCAGCCAAAGAACGGACGCCAGAAAUCCACCAACGGCUGGCGGCCAGUUGGCCUGCCCUUUCAGAAGGAGGUUUUCUCUGUGGGAGAGGAGGCUCUGGUGCUGAGGACGUGUUUCGAGGGAGUCCAGAGGGACGGAGAGCUGAUUCGGGUCAGAGACACUGUUCUGCUGAAAUCUGGACCUAGAAAGAAGUCUCUGCCUUACGUGGCCAAGAUCUCGUCUCUGUGGGAAGAGCCAGAGUCAGGAGAGCUGAUGAUGAGUUUGUUUUGGUACUACCGUCCAGAACACACACAGGGAGGACGCAACCCCAGUGUGCAUUGUGAGAAUGAGAUCUUUGCGUCUCGUCACCAGGAUGUGAACAGUGUGGCCUGUAUUGAAGACAAAUGCUAUGUCCUAACACUGGCACAGUAUUGUCGAUUUUGUGCCUUGGUAAAACGCCGUAGGGAGGGCGUGCGCGACUGCGCCGCCUCCCUUAUGGUGCCACCUGUUGUCGGCAACGCCAUGCCCACCCACCACUGUGUGCCCGAUGACGUCGACCCAGAGCUGGUGUUUUUCUGUCGACACGUCUACGAUUUCCGCUACGGACGCCUCCUCAAGAACCUGCAGUAGCAUCUGACGGGGGUGACACAUACAUGCUACAUGGGCCGUGAGAUAACAUUUUACAUCCUCCACAACUUUAAUUAGCUACAUACCUACCUGCUGCCUGCGUGACAGGAACUGGAAGUUUAGGAUGAAGGACUGAGAGAUGAGCUUCUUUUGUUCAUAUUUAACAUGCCACACAUUUAUUUAGUCAGAGUAAUGGCUUGACAUAUUGUAUAAGAGUUAUUAUGGCAGUGUAAUAAUGGUCUUUAUCAUACAUGGCUCUGUGGUGUCGUAGCAGCUGUGUGAAGAACCUGGAACGUACUCUGCUGUAGAAAAAUGCUACUGUAGCUCUUAGAAAUGUGACAUUUGAUAGAUAUGAAGACAGGUUGAUGUAAUGUGUGAAUUGUGUUACUGUCUGCCUGACAGAUAUCAGACACUCAGUGUGUCUAAGUGAUACGCCAUAACUAAAGAGAACUGGAGGCAUAUCGUGCCGUAUCGGUCCUUGAGAAGAAACAGAGAGAUUUGUGAGACGCUGAAGAUUCAAUCACAUUUGUCCUAAGAUUUCUCUGCAAGUCAGUUUUACAAAGAAGCUCCAGAGUGAACAUCUGUGCUCAAGAUGUUUUUAAGGAAUCAUUUUGGGGAAACAUGCUUUUUGCUUUCUUUUCAAAAAUUAGAUAAGAUGAUCGAUACCACUUUUAUGCUGAUAUGGUAAAUAUGAACCUAUGGCCAGCAGUGCCAGGCCUCAAAGCCACUUUGACAUACAAGUGCAACUUCCAGGUCUGUCAUGUGAUGCUAUUUGGCCCAAAAAUACUUUUCCCCAUAGACUUACAUUGGGAAAGAGCUGUUUGUAAAUUAGCAGAUACAUUUUCAUAGUGUCGCAGCCCCUACAAAAUGACUAAUUUUAGUACCGGUAUUUUAUUCAGUUGGUCUAAUAACAUUUCAGCGGUCUAGAAGAGACACGAGUGAAACAUUUUAUCUCCAUUCAAGGUAGCUAAUGUGGAGGUUAGCUGCUCAGCUUGUGUCUAGUUAGCCUGCUCUAUGGGCCCAACAAGUGGAAGAUCAAGCUAAUUUAUCACAUGGAAAUCAAAUUUUUUUGGUUUAAUGCUUGGCAUAAAGACUGUAAAAAGAGCUAGUCUUGCUGUUUUUCCCUCUUUCCGGUCCUUGUGCUAAGCUAAUUGACUGCUUGCUCCAGCUACAUAUUUACCAGAUAAACACAAGAGUAGUAUCAAUAUUCAUAUCUAACUUGCUGCAAAAAAGCAAAUGAGCUUUUCCAAUUUUUAAAAGGUUCUAUUUUGUAGAGUGAUAAUCUCGAAGAUUUCCAUUUUGAUAAAUUUUAAGUCACUGUAACUCAGUGAGGUAGCACAAUGGUGAUUGAGCCUAUGGCCUACAGAUUAAAGCCCUCACAUUUGCAGUUUUACGAACAGGGAGUGGAGGGCGACAUUCCCGAAAAAAAAUCAGAAGCACCGCAACAUCAUUAAUAAUCUGCUCUCAUACACACCGAAAAAUUCAUACAUGCACACACACACACACACCCACACCGUCUUUGCUGUAGUAACCCUUUCGUCUUAUCAGCUGCAGGGACCAUAAAAAACGUAAUGUCCCACACUGCUUUCAAAACUUAAGGUCAGAAUCUCCAUCCAAAAAAAACAACAACCCAGACACACAAUUAAAGCUCUGUCAAGAGCAUGCUAAACCAGCAGGUUGCGAUAUAACCCUAACCUUAAAGCCAUGAUGGCCACCCAGAAGCUUGAAAAAGAGCUAUUACUAUAAGGCUACUUGGAGCAGUGACUUCUAUGCCGCACUCUAACAUCUCGCUUCCUCAAUAUAGGGGAAGAGUAUCUGUGCAUUUAUGUGUAAACAAGUCAAAAGUCCUGUUAGCAAGGGUAGAACCAGCACUAUUUUGGCCAUGUUCACCAUUGCAAGAAAUGUCGCCUCAUUUGUGAUGCCUCACUGGUGCACACUCCAACGUCUUAUGCCAAAAACUCCUUUCUGUCAGCACGUCAAUGCAGAAAAUAAAGUUUCUGAACAUUUUACAAAAAGUCAAUUUUCAGUGAUCCAAAACGCAGUUUGCUUUUGGAUGAAAGGCUGAAAUGCACAGAAAAAAAACGACAUUUUCAAAUACACUUGUUUAAGUGUGGACUAAAUCUUAGUCUGCCAACAAACACACUGCAAUUACCAUUUAUCGCCAUAAGCGCCACCAAAGAGGACUAAAAAGGAGAUCUUCAAGAUUGUAGCUUUUACAUUUACAUUUUCACAUAAUUGUGACUGACCUGUUGGUCUAUGUAGUAAACUCUGACCGCAGCUGUGAGGGAAGUUCUUUAUCAGAAGGUUUCAUUAAUUCCAACUCAAAUUUUUUUACCACUGAUUAAGUCCGUGCAAAGUAAACAAUGACAUGUGGACGUUUUUUUGGCUCCACCUCUCGUAAUUUUGUAGAGAAUUUAUAAGUUUCAUGUCAUAUCUGUAACUCUGCAGUUCACCAGAGUGAUGAAUCUCACAAUUUUAGUACAAACCUGCAGUCUACAAAGAAAGCACACUUGAGUUUGUUUGAUUUUGCAGUGUGAAGACGUCCGGUGAGGCGAGCAGUGAGGGGAUUUUUGUUAUGCCAAUGCUGAGGAAUAUUUUACUUUCUCAAAGCUGUUUGCCAGAGGUGCGAUUCGACUCCGGUGUCAGCUAACUGUAUAUUUGCAUUUAUAUAUCUGGAUGAGUGUCUGUUUGUGGCAGAUGGCAUCAGUUAGUCACCUAUAUUCUUGUUUCUUCACCGAUGAGAUGGUGAGUAAUGUAUUCAGUGUAGCAUUUAGAUCUGUGAUGAUGAUCCAUUCCUAUGUUUGAGAGAAGAUAUGUAUUUAUUUCUGUACUGAGAAAAUAUAAUUUAUUUUCAAAAGAUAAUUUUAAAGAAUAGAGUUUUAGAUGAGUGGCUUUCAUUCCUGAUUAGAAAGGAGGUCUCUCCUUCUUAGCUGUCUAAGAUGAAAAGUGUGAGUCAUUUGCAAUAGUAUUUCUGUGACUGAUCGCUCGCCCAAUACAAGCCUGUUAAAUGUCGUGUUGAGAUGUCAAAGUCCUCCGCGUAGACUCGAGGACACAUUUAGAAGGAUCUCAGAUACAGUUUGAAGGAGACCUGCUAACAUGUGACCAGAGAUGCUUAACCUGCAGGACCAAAACGUACCUUGGCCUCUCCCAGCUUCCUGUCAUUCUCCUGUCACUUCUCCUCGGAUGAUAAAGCUUUGCCUCUUCACCUUUAAAUGCCGAAUGCUACGAUGAUUUAAACCUACCUUGCCAUUAGCCUGUGCCCUUGAUCUUGCUGCCUUAUAGAACAUUCCCAGCCUUUCAUUUAAAAAUGUGUACCGAUAUCAGCCUGGGGGGAACGAAGCUUCUUAGUGUGCCGAUCUUGAUUCCUAGACGCUUGAGAUGCAUCUCAGGUCCAUCGCUUUCAUGUGAUCUGAAAGGCAAAAGUGAUUCUUGAUCAAUGCUUUUAUUUUGACAAAAGUCUGAGUCAAAUUCAAAGUGAUCUGUCAAAGAUCUGUGGCUGUUAAAGGAGCAGUUCAACAUUUAAGGAAAUACACUUAUUUGUUUUCUUGUGGAGGGUUAAAUUUUAAGAUCACUACCAUCACCAUCACACCUGUACGCCAGAUUAUGAAGCUGCAGUCAGCACCUAGCUAAGCGUAGCUUUAAGACUGCAGGGGGGAGCAGGCGGUCUCUGUCUGAGAGGCCAACAAGACCAGCACCUCUAAAGCUGACUGAUAAAUAUGUCUGUAAAAAUCAC